GGUUUCCCUUCACCUUAUAAUCCCUUCAAUUUCCCGUUGUUUCCAUUGCUAAAUCAACACUUUCCAACGAUGGUGAUAACUAAGCAAAACAUAGACCUCAUCUUCACUCUCUCAUUUCUCUUCUUUUUCCAUCUCCAUUGCUCAAUAACUUCAGCUCAAGCUCCGGGUCCGGCACCGGCACCGGCACCUAUGCCACCCGGUCCGCCGGACGUCACCAAAAUCCUCGGAAAAGCCAGCCAAUUCAACAUCUUCAUUCGUCUUCUAAAAUCCACCCGAGUCUCCAAUCGUCUCCUCGGUGAGCUCAACAAUACGGACGAUGGGAAGACGAUUUUCGCACCGACAGAUAAAGCUUUUUCGAGCCUGAAAUCCGGUGAGCUGCAUUCACUCAACGAUGAACAAAGGGUUGCACUGGUGCUAUAUCAUGUCGUCCCAACUUACGUCCCAUUAUCCCAAUUCGUAAUCAUUAGUAACCCUAUGAGAACUGAAGCUGGAGAGAGUGGCGACGGUGAGUUCCCUCUCAAUGUCACCACUGCAGGGAAAACGGUAACUCUAAUGACGGGGCUGACGAAAUCCAAUGUUGCCGGCACCAUUUCCGCCGAUGGUCAGCUUGCUAUUUAUCGAGUGGAUCAAGUGCUACAACCUUUGAAAAUCUUCGCUCGUAACUCUUCAGCUCCUGCACCUGCACCUACACCGGGAAAGUCUUUGAUGGGAGGUGAUGUUGGUGAGAAGUCUGAAGCUUUGAGCAUUGGCAUGCAUAAUUUAGCUUUGCUUGUACUCUGUGUUACGACUUUCUUGCUUUCUUCGUGA